GCGGACGCCAUGCGGGGGGCUCUGACGCCCCUAUCUUCGCUGCUGCCACUGCUGUCGCUGCUGCUGCUGGGGUGCGGACCGCGGGCGGCCACCGGAGGCGGGGCCGGCGGGGCAGCGGGCUACACGCCGGUGAAGUACGUGCAGCCCAUGCACAAAGGACCCGUGGGGCCGCCCUUCCGCGAGGGCAAGGGCCAGUACCUGGAAAUGCCUCUACCGUUGCUGCCAAUGGACCUGAAAGGCGAGCCUGGUCCGCCUGGGAAGCCUGGGCCUCGGGGGCCCCCUGGCCCUCCUGGCUUCCCAGGAAAACCAGGCACUGGAAAGCCAGGGCUACAUGGACAGCCUGGCCCUGCUGGGCCCCCUGGCUUCUCCCGGAUGGGCAAGGCUGGUCCCCCGGGGCUCCCGGGCAAGGCCGGACCACCAGGGCAGCCAGGGCUUCGGGGAGAGCCGGGGAUACGAGGGGACCAGGGCCUCCGGGGCCCCCCAGGACCGCCUGGCCUCCCUGGACCCUCAGGCAUUGCUGUCCCUGGGAAGCCAGGCCCCCAAGGAGUGCCAGGGCCCCCAGGAUUCGGAGGGGAGCCAGGGCCCCAGGGGGAGCCUGGGCCCCCAGGUGAUCGAGGCCUCAAGGGGGAUAAUGGAGUAGGCCAGCCAGGGCUACCUGGGGCCCCAGGGCAGGGAGGUGCCCCUGGACCACCUGGCCUCCCUGGUCCAGCUGGCUUGGGCAAACCGGGUUUGGAUGGGCUUCCUGGGGCCCCAGGAGAUAAGGGUGAGUUGGGGCCUCCUGGAGUGCCAGGACCCAGGGGGGAGCCAGGGCCUCUGGGCCCAAAAGGGCCCCCAGGUGUGGAUGGUGUGGGGAUACCAGGGGCGGCAGGGGUACCAGGGCCACAGGGCCCAGCAGGGGCCAAAGGGGAACCAGGAACCCGGGGCCCCCCUGGCCUGAUAGGCCCCACUGGCUAUGGGGUGCCAGGACUGCCAGGCCCUAAGGGGGACAGGGGCCCAGCUGGGGUCCCAGGACUCUUGGGGGAUAGGGGGGAGCCAGGUGAGGAUGGGGAGCCAGGGGAGCAGGGCCCACAAGGCCUUGGGGGCCCCCCAGGACUUCCAGGGUCUGCAGGGCUCCCUGGCAGACGUGGGCCCCCUGGGCCCAAGGGGGAGGCAGGGCCUGGAGGACCCCCAGGAGUGCCUGGUAUUCGGGGUGACCAGGGGCCUAGUGGCCUGGCUGGGAAACCUGGGCUCCCAGGAGAGAGAGGACUUCCUGGGGCCCAUGGACCCCCUGGACCUACUGGGCCCAAAGGUGAGCCUGGUUUCACAGGCCGCCCUGGGGGACCAGGGGUGGCAGGAGCCCUGGGGCAGAAGGGUGACUUGGGGCUUCCUGGGCAGCCCGGCCUGAGGGGCCCCUCAGGAAUCCCAGGUCUCCAGGGCCCAGCAGGUCCUAUUGGGCCCCAGGGACUGCCAGGCCUGAAGGGUGAACCGGGCUUGCCAGGACCCCCUGGAGAGGGGAAAGUGGGGGAACCCGGAGUGGCUGGGCCUACAGGGCCUCCUGGGGUCCCCGGUUCCCCAGGACUCACUGGCCCUCCUGGGCCUCCCGGGCCACCUGGUCCCCCUGGAGCCCCCGGGGCCUUUGAUGAGACUGGCAUCGCCGGCCUGCACCUGCCCAAUGGUGGAGUGGAGGGCGCUGUGCUGGGCAAGGGGGGCAAGCCACAGUUUGGGCUGGGCGAGCUGUCGGCCCACACAACGCCUGCCUUCACCGCUGUGCUCACUUCGCCCUUUCCCGCCUCCGGCAUGCCUGUUAAAUUUGACCGGACUCUCUACAAUGGCCACAGUGGCUACAACCCAGCCACUGGCAUCUUCACCUGCCCUGUGGGCGGGGUCUACUACUUUGCUUACCACGUGCAUGUCAAGGGCACCAAUGUGUGGGUGGCCCUGUACAAGAACAACGUGCCAGCAACAUACACCUACGAUGAAUACAAGAAGGGCUACCUGGACCAGGCAUCUGGCGGGGCUGUGCUCCAGCUGCGGCCCAACGACCAGGUCUGGGUGCAGAUGCCGUCGGACCAGGCCAACGGCCUCUACUCCACUGAGUAUAUCCACUCCUCCUUUUCAGGGUUCUUGCUCUGCCCCACAUAA